AUAUUCAUUGUUAUAUUUUACAAUGUCUUUGGGCACCUCUAAAAACGUGAUCCUUUCAAACUCUGACAAGGGUAAAAUUCAAGUAAACCAAAGAGAUUUAAUUGAUAAGAUUUUGGCUCGAUACUCUCAUAAAUUUGUAAUAUUCCGAGAAUUAAUGCAAAAUUCUGAUGAUGCGGAAUCAUCAAGUGUUAAAAUUAUAUUUGAAACCAAUGGCAAUAAAAUUACAAGAAUAUUAUUUAAAAAUAAUGGAUUCGCUUUUAGACCUGAAGAUUGGGAUCGUUUAGUGAGUAUUGCCGAAGGAAAUCCUGAUGAGCUUAAGAUAGGAGCUUUUGGCGUAGGAUUUUAUACAUUAUUUUCUGUUACAGAAAAUCCAUUUGUUACUUCUGGCGGACAAGGUAUGGCUUUUUAUUGGCGUGGAAACAAAAUAUUCACGAAAAAAGGACCAAUUGACGAUGAUGAUGACUGGACAACAUUUAUUAUGGACACUAGGGAACCUUUAAUGAUACCAAAUAUUGAAGAACUCUCAAAGUUCUUAGUCAAUUUAUUGGGGUUUACGGAUAAUAUUAAAGAAAUAUCAAUGUAUAUUGAUAAUAAAUUGAUAACAAAACUAUCAAAGAAAAUGCAAGAUUCAAAGUCGAUUGAUAUUACAUCUGGUUUUAAUACAUUUUCUUCAAAAAAUAUGUUUCAUCUCACAUCGGUAGAUCUUAGGCAUGUCCAACUAGAUGUUGAGAGAUUACUUAUACCAAAAAAAAUAAAUAUAAAACAUCUUCACUCAGAUGUGUAUAAAAUGGAAGAAACAUCUAUAAUAUUUAGAAUUGCUAAAGGAAGUUUGAACGUUAAUAUUAGCAAAGAAUUUUCCAAAAAAAUGGGACAAAUAAUUAAGAAAGGCUUACCAAAUAAUACGUCCAUCCAAAUGCUUUUUACUGAAUUCGAUGAACGUAAUACAUCCAAAGAUUAUUAUAAGGACCUUUCUCCUAUAUUUAAAGAUUUAAUUUCAUAUCCUGAACAAGGAAAAAUAUAUAUUGGUUUCCCAACUAAUCAAACAACUGGUUCUUGUUCUCACUUAGAAGCUCGUGUGAUUCCUACUAUGGAAAGGGAAUUGAUUGAUUUUGCUGAACAAACAUUAGCUGAAUAUAACAAUGAAAUGUUAUGUCUAGGAGGAACAUUAAGUAGAAUUUUAUAUGAAUAUGAAAUGGCUCAAAUAUCAAACUUCUAUAAUGAGAUUAUCAGUUCUGAUAUUGAAAAAAUUGAAAAAAAUGAAAUAACAAAACAGCCUGAAAAACAUACACCUGAGCCAAAAAUGAAAAGAUCGUUACAUAAAUGGCUUAUAAAACGUUUCAAAUCCAGUAAUCACAUUCCAACCAUGCAAUUUUUAUCUCCUCACCAUGAAUUGUUGGAAAAAUGGACAGCACAUGUGAUAGCACAUUUUACAUACAAUGCAAGUACUCCAAAUGUACAAGUUUCCAAAAUAGUGGAAACUCAAUUUUUUAAUUGUUUGAAACAGAACUUACAUAUUUUAUCAACAAACGGUAUCCAUCCAAUAACUAAUGUUCGCUUACCUAAUCCAGAAAUGGCAGGAUUCAUAAAAACAGUUCCACUCAUUCCAAAAUCUUUAUUGGAACAAUGUGAACCAUUUUUUAAUAAAGCCAAAAAUACAAAUCUUACAGUAGAGUUAAGUUUUGAAGAUGUUCUAGUUGAACUAAAAAGUCGAACACUUUCUGAAGAAGAAAUAAUUAAACUUUUAAAAUGGUGGAUUUCUUAUUUAUCAAAGGGAAAUCAAUAUGACACGCGGCUUUUAAAAUUUACACGAAUCAAUGAUAGUUCUCAAACUCUAGAUACAAUUAAAUUUUAUUUGAAUCCACACAAAAUUUCCUCAUAUAUUGACAUUCCAUUUGAAGUAAUACCAUACAAUAUUUCUAAAAAUUUCACUCAGCAGGAGCUUACAGAUAUUUUGAAAUGGACUGAAUUACCAUUGAUUAAUUCGGAAAAGCUUAUUGUCAAUAAUCCUGGAUUAGAACCAGACCCUAAAUUCGCUGAAAAAGUUCACCAUCAUGUUUUGACAAAAAAUUUGGAAAAUAUUCCACAACAAGAUAAAGAAACUAUUCGUCCCUAUGCAAAAGGCAUGGGUGAUUUUUGUUGAAAAAACAUCCAAUUGAUUUCUGUAUAUUUGACCAUAAAAUAAAUGUGCUAAAAAUCGCAAUAAAUCACACGAUAAUUGUAUGGCAAUCAUACAAUAAUUAUCCUAUUUAUGACCUGAAUUUAUACAAUUGUUUGAGCCAAAUUUAGGCCAAUUUUAAGAAUUGUUAUGUGCCGAAUUUAGAAAUUAUUUGUGGGCCGAAUUUUAGGAAUUAUUGUGAGUCGAAUUAAUUUUAGAAAUUAUUGUGAGCUAACUUUGUUCACGUGUCAUGAUCGGCAAUAAAAAAUUUUUGGCCAAAAUUUAAAUUC